AAGAAGAAGAACUUGAACGCAGCAGGCGUAACAGACAUCCUGAGAACUGGCGAGAAUGCAGCGAGAGAAGACAAGCAAUGCCGGCGGAGCUGAAAAGCCCGACCGAGAGGCCGCCAUAAUGUCGAAAUACUACGAUGGAGUUGAAUUUCCUUUCUGUGACGAGUUCUCCAAAUAUGAAAAGAUGGCAAAAAUAGGACAAGGAACUUUCGGGGAGGUGUUUAAAGCAAAGCACAGACAGACUGGGAAGAAGGUCGCGCUGAAGAAAGUUCUGAUGGAAAAUGAGAAAGAAGGGUUCCCAAUCACAGCUCUGAGAGAGAUCAAGAUCUUGCAGCUGCUCAAACAUGAGAACGUGGUCAAUCUGAUUGAGAUCUGCAGAACCAAAGCUACUCAGUUCAACAGGUACAAAGGCAGCAUCUAUCUGGUGUUUGACUUCUGUGAGCAUGACCUGGCCGGGCUGCUUAGCAACUCCAACGUAAAGUUCACCCUGGCAGAGAUCAAGAAGGUCAUGCAGAUGCUGCUUAAUGGAUUGUACUACAUCCACAGAAACAAGAUCCUUCACAGAGAUAUGAAGGCAGCCAAUGUGCUCAUCACCAGAGACGGUGUCCUGAAGCUGGCUGACUUUGGUUUGGCUCGAGCCUUCAGUCUGGCUAAGAACAGCCAGGGGAACCGCUACACCAACCGUGUGGUCACACUGUGGUACAGACCUCCAGAGCUGCUGCUAGGUGAGCGAGACUACGGUCCACCCAUUGACCUGUGGGGAGCAGGCUGCAUCAUGGCAGAGAUGUGGACCAGAAGUCCUAUAAUGCAAGGCAACACUGAACAGCAUCAGCUCACUCUCAUCAGCCAGCUCUGUGGUUCCAUCACUGCUGAGGUGUGGCCUGGCGUUGAUAAGAAGUAUGAGCUUUACCAGAAAAUGGAGCUGCCUAAAGGCCAAAAGAGGAAAGUGAAGGAUCGUCUCAAAGCCUACGUCAAAGACCCAUAUGCGCUGGAUUUGAUCGAUAAACUUCUGGUCCUGGACCCGGCACAGCGCAUAGACAGUGAUGACGCGCUCAACCACGACUUCUUCUGGUCUGACCCCAUGCCAUCAGACCUGAAGAACAUGCUCUCCUCCCACAACACCUCCAUGUUUGAAUACCUAGCACCACCCAGACGGAGAGGCCACAUGCCGCAGCAGCAGCCCAACCAGAACAGAAACCCAGCCACCACCAGUCAGACAGAGUUUGACCGAGUGUUUUAGUGGUUGAAAAACUUAAUGGGCAGGAGUUUGCCUGGUUUGACUUGUUCAGUCACAAAUAAAUAUUUAAUUUCCCAACUGACCUAAUAUUGAGGAAAGCUAUACAUUCCCUUUUUGGUUGAGGUUUGGCGGACAUGACCUGGAGAGCUCUACAGUGUUUUGUAUGAUCGCUGUCCUGUGUGAGUUCAUGGCAGAGGAUGCAAGUUGACCAGGGACCGGACUGUAAUUCAGUUAUCCAGAGCCUGUUGCAAGCCAAAUGGUCAUUGUUCCAAUUUUUUUUCUCCAGGUUAUAAUGAAGAGACUGUUAAACUCUGUAGACAUGGCUCAGGUCUAUUUGCUUGGUUGCCUUGAUGGAACAAGGCUUUGUUAGUUUAAAUUGUCAUUAGUUUGAGUGUCUGGCAUUUUAGUUUUGUUUUUUUUUUUUAAUUUUCACACUUAUCAGUUUUGUAUAAAAAAUAGUUCUCUUUAUAGGCUGUGCAGUAUUUUGAGGUUUUAUUUAUAUUAAACUUUUAUUUAAACUAUUUUACAAGGAUUUCACACACCUCUGGACACAUGGACAAAUGUGGCAUUCAAAAUAAAAUUGUUUUUACCCAA